GGGAUCAUGAUUCAUGAAUUUCGUUCUGGAGGGAUCAUGUUACACAACCUCACGCAUAACCUCCACAACGAAAAUGGCGCCAUCACUUCCCACCCUCCCUCCGCCCUAUCAUUCCCUCCCCAACCUCCUCUUCCUCCCCCACCGCCAAGCCCGCCUCCCGAUCCGCCGCCUCCUUGCCGCGCACGCUCUCGCCGCCGUCGCCGGCCACCUCUCCCUCCCCAAUCCCCACGCCCACACCCUCCUCCUCAUCGCCUACUCCCGCCUCCACUGCGCCCGCCGCCCUUCCACACUCCUCCUCUUCCGCUCCUCCCUCCGCCUCUCACUGCCACCCACCCGACACACCCUCCCUCUGGCCAUCUCCGUCGCCGCCUCCUCGCGCCCCCACCUCCCGCUCGCGCUCUCCCUCCACGCCAUCGUGGUGGCCCGCAGCCUCCUCCCGUUCCCGCACGUCGCCAACGCCCUCGUCUCCCUCUACGCCAAGAACGCCCUCCCGGACUCGGCGCGCAUGGUGUUCGACGAAAUGCACGCGCCGGACGUCAUCUCCUACAACGCUCUCAUGGACGGCUACAUCAAGGCUGGCCUGCUGGGGCUUGCCAUGAAGGAGUUCCAGCGGAUGCCGCAGCGGGACGCUGCAUCCUGGGGCACCGUGUUAGCCGGGUGCGCAAAGGCUGGAAGAUGGAAGGAGGCAGUGCGGCUCUUUGACAGGAUGAGAGCGGAGGGGUUCAGGCCGGACGACGUGGCGCUGGCCGCAGCGCUGUCAUGCUGCGCGCAGCUCGGGGCGCUAGAGAAGGGACGGGAGGUCCACGAGUACGUAAGGCAGAGCAGGCCCCGGCCAAACGUGUUCUUGUGUACAGGGCUCGUUGAUCUGUACGCAAAGUGUGGGCGUGUCGACGUUGCCCUGGAGGUUUUCGAUUCGUGCCCUGCGAGGAACGUGUUCACCUGGAACGCGCUCAUCGUCGGGCUGGCGAUGCACGGGCAUGGCACAGUGGCACUCGAGUACUUCAACCGGAUGCUGCUUCAGGGGGUUCGACCAGAUGGAGUCACUCUCUUAGGGGUGCUGAUUGGUUGCAGCCACGCUGGCCUGGUUGACAUGGCAAAGAGGAUCUUCUCCGAGAUGGAGGGCGAGCACGGUGUGCCUCGGGAGCUUAAGCAUUAUGGAUGCAUGGCUGACUUGCUUGGUCGAGCCGGGCUCAUCGAGGAAGCGAUUGAGAUGGUCAAGAAGAUGCCGACAGAAGGGGACACUUACGUCUGGGGAGGUAUACUCACUGGUUGUAGAAUGCACGGGAACGUGGAAGCAGCGGAGGUUGCAGCAAGGCAUUUGCUGGAGCUCAACCCUCAAGACAGCGGGGUAUACUCUGUCCUGGCCGGGAUCUAUGCAGAUGCUGCUAGGUGGGAGGAUGUUGCCAGGGUUAGGAAAUUGAUGGAUGAAAGGAUUGCUAGGAGAAAUGUUGGUUGCAGUUCGAUUACGGCGGACCACUAGCAUAGCACACAGUAUGCUGGCUGAUCGCAGCAGCGUGCUAUCUGGCUGUAGAUUCUGCCUAGAAGGUGACCACCGCAAAGUAGAAACUGGCUCAGUAAGAGGACUGCUAUUCCUAGGAGCAGCAAUGACUUUACAAGUAGAUGUUCUUGCAAAUCAACUGCUCAUGCUGAACUGCUGAUGGAAAUGAAGCCAGAGCAUAAAUUGAAAAGGGAUGAGGAAAAGUUCUGGCCAGGUGCAGGUACUAUUUUUGUCAUGCCUAGUUGGCGCAGCCCACUUUGUUUUCAAGCCAAUGAAGGCUAGCAGUUCGAUGCAGCCCUGAAUUCGCAGAUCUCGCUGUUCUUUGGUUUGGUAUUGUAGUUCAGUUGAUCUAUGGCUAAUGGGUUGUCGCAGAAACUUAUGUGCUACAGAGUACAGAGUUGAAGAUGACACAACAUUCUGUAAUCAAGGAUUCAAGGUGAGACAACAAGUUGCUCGUUGGUGCAGACAGGGCGCAGAGCCGGGGACGGGGAGGUGGGACACCACUUCAUCGUCCAAUCUGUCGCAGAAAGACACUUACUCGAUGAUGUCCAUCUCCAUGGCUCGGAGCAGAAUGCAUGAACCAAACCUUGCUUCCCUCUCCUUUCUCGUGGAUUCGAUUUUUCUCGAGGACCUACUUCUCCGAGAACAGGGAGGGGAGAGGCUAAUGGCAAAUCGCUGAAGGGAAAUGAAGUUGUGGAAACAUACAUGUGUUGCUCAGUUCUCUGGUUUGUGCUAUGAGCCCAAUCUGUAACUUCAUGGAUUUUGUAUGGUUCAUGGAUGCAUCCGAAAAAUCAUGUGCCCCGACUGAAAGUGCUAACUUGUAGUGACGUCUUCAGCACUUGAUGCAUGUUGUUUUUACUACCGAGAGAUUUUAACUAAGAGCUAUUAACUUGAACUUGCAAA